UUUGAAUGAAUGUCAGAUUGGACUUAUUGUCAAAGCCUGUGAAUAAAGAUAGGUUAUAUAAAAAUAAUCCAAAGGAAAUAUAAAUAAUGUCUUCGUUAAUAACGAAUAUCUUGAGAAUAUCCAGGAGGCAACUUCUACCACAAGCCAAAUUGACGAAGUGUUUGAUGCAGAGUAGAUGUUAUGCAUCAAGUCCAGGCAAGAAAACUGUGGCUGGUAAAGGAAAAGGUCCGAUUACGUGGAAGAGUUUCGGGAUAACGGCAGCAAUCGGUGGAGGAAUACUCGGUUUCAUGUUGUACGUGAAAAAGGAGAAGGAGGAAGCCCAGCUGAAGGAGAGGCAGAAGAUGCUUGGGAAGGCAGCAAUUGGUGGCCAGUUUGAGCUUAUCGAUAGUGAGAAGAAGAUGAGGAAGAGCGAAGAGUUUUUGGGGAAAUGGUUGCUCAUAUAUUUCGGGUUCACACAUUGUCCUGACAUCUGUCCAGAUGAGCUGGAGAAGAUGGCCAGUGUUAUUGACACAUUGGAUGUGGAUGAGAAAGUGCCCGAGGUGCAGCCUUUGUUUAUAACAGUUGAUCCCCACAGGGACACGCCCGAAUUGGUUGGAAAGUAUUGCAAGGAGUUCCAUCCGCGUUUGCUCGGAUUGACUGGUAACGAGAAGCAAGUUUCAGAAGCGUGCAAAGCGUAUCGGGUUUACUUCAGCGCCGGACCGAAGGACGAAGAGAGCGAUUACAUCGUCGAUCAUACAAUUAUUAUGUACUUGGUGAAUCCUAAAGGGGAAUUCGUCGAUUACUACGGACAGAAUAGGAACGCCAGAGAAGUCGCCGAUUCCGUUAAGAUCAACAUGAUGAAGUACGACCAGAUCAACAAAACCGGAUGGUUCUCGAAGUGAACGUUCUCUUGCUGAAGCGCAUGUAUUAUAGCAUUUAUCAUUGUUGUCUAUUAUUUAAAUAGUUAAUAAACAUAAUUUUUUACAA